GAAUUGAGCCAGUAUCUUAGCUUCCUCAUCCGAUCCAUUAUUGCGUAGUGAAAUUUCUAGCUUCCCGCGGAGCCAUAUCAUGGCACCCAAAUCUCCUCCAUCGCUUCCCCUUUACGAAGUAAAAUUCCCAAACAGUAAAAUCUCGAGAACAGUAGAACUCAUCAUUCUGUGCCUUCUCCUAUCACUCAUCAGCUAUAGAUUACUUUCUCUCAGCAGCCAUGACUACUCCCUCCCUUGGCUUCUUGCGCUCGUUUGCGAGUCUUGGUUCGCUUUCAAUUGGAUUCUCACCAUCAACAUUAAGUGGAAUUAUGUUGAAACCAAAACUUACCCAGAACGCCUCUUGCAAAGGCUGGAAGAUAAGACGCUAGCGGAGUUUCCGGCGGUGGACAUGUUCGUUACGACGGCUGAUCCAGAGCUGGAACCGCCGAUCAUAACGGUGAACACGGUGCUGUCUUUAUUGGCGGUGGACUAUCCGGCGAACAAGCUGGCGUGUUAUGUGUCGGACGACGGUGCAUCGCCGUUGACCUUCUUUUCUCUGGUGGAAGCAUCCAAGUUUGCUCAGAUUUGGGUUCCCUUUUGUAAGAAGUUUGACGUUGCCGUUAGAGCUCCGUUUCGAUAUUUUCACGCCAACCCUGCAUGCCCACAUGAUCGCUCCUUGGAAUUCCAACACGAAUGGAACAAAAUCAAGGAUGAUUAUUUAAAGCUGUGCGCGAAGAUAGAAGAUGCGAGUAAGGAAUCUAUGGCAUUUGGCCUUACCGCUCAAUUUUCCGUUUUUUCAAAGAUUAAACGAAGAGACCACUCUUCCAUCGUAAAGGUCAUUUGGGAAAACAAGGGGACUAUUCCGGAAGAAGAUGCGGUUCCUCAUCUAAUCUACGUCUCUAGAGAAAAGCGUCCAAAAAUUCAUCAUCAUCACAAAGCAGGAGCCAUGAAUGUUCUGACUAGAGCAUCAGGGGUGAUGACAAAUGCACCAUUUAUGUUGAACGUGGACUGUGACUGCUUUGCAAAUGACCCAAAAGUGGUACUCCAUGCCAUGUGCUUUCUGCUCGGGGCAGAGGAUGAAAAAGAUGCUGGCUUUGUUCAAUUUCCGCAGAGCUUCUACAGUUCAUUGGAGGAUGACCCGUACGGAAACCAAUUCAAAAUCACUAUGAGAGUAAGACCCUCUCUCUCAUAAUGCAAUUACGGACGGACAUGUAAUUCUACUUUAUUCUUAUCUUAUUA